CGCAUUGGUUGAGCAUAAAGGAGCAGCAAUGGAUGCCGAUUACAUUCUGUGGCUGUACAACAGCACUGAGAUUUAUGACAAUUACAGCAUCACUGGUGAGUUUGUGACCCUGUGUCCCAAGAGGAACGUCAACCUCUUCAGCGCCCACUUCCUGCCGGCCUUCUACUACUCAAUUUUUUUGCUAAGCCUUCUCGGGAAUGGGCUGGUCCUGUACAUCAUUUACAAGUAUGAGAAACUCAACAGCAUGACCAACAUUUUCCUGCUGAACCUGGUCAUCUCCGAUCUGGUGUUCGCCUUCAGCCUUCCUUUCUGGGCCACGUACCAUUCGUCCGAGUGGAUCUUUGGCGGAGCCAUGUGCAAACUGGUGAGCAGUGUGUACUACAUAGGCUUCUACAGCUCCAUUCUGUUUCUCACCCUCAUGACCCUGGACAGGUACCUGGCAGUGGUCCACGCCGUCACCGCCCUGAAGAGACGGAGAAACACGUACGCCUUCAUCUCUUCUGCGGCCGUAUGGUGCAUUAGCAUCCUGGCCAGCGUGAAGAAGAUCAUCCUGUUUGACGUGCGAGAAGAUGGCGACUCAGGGACGUUAUGUGAGGAGACAAACUUUUCCAAGGAGGUCAUGACCAGAUGGCAGCUCAUAGGCGAUUAUCAACAGUUCAUCUUUUUCUUCUUGCUUCCCCUUGCCAUUGUCCUGUACUGCUACACCAGAAUAGCAGUGAAGAUUGUGCACAGUAGGAUGAAGGAAAAGUGCAGGGCAGUAAAGAUCAUAUUUGUGAUUAUUGUUGCAUUUUUCAUUUGCUGGACACCUUACAAUAUUGUUGUACUGCUCAGAGCUCUCCAGGCCUUGGACAAAGAUAAUUCAGGCUCGUGCGCAGACGGCUUAGACUACGCACUGUACAUCACGCGGAACAUUGCUUUCCUGUACUGUUGCAUUAGCCCAGUGUUCUACACAUUUGUUGGCAAAAAGUUUCGAAACCAUUUCAAAAAACUCUUGGCGAAACGCACCCCCUGUUUGGGGAGUCAGCUUUCAACAAAUCAGAGCAGCAGGACAACUUCUCAGAGGGUCCUACACACCAUAGACAUGACAUAACUCUGUGGCUCAGGGAUAAAAUGCAGUCAAUAUGUUCAUGCCUGAAGAGUAUGUCCUGACUGCAUAGUUAAAAAUUCUUGAAAGUGCAGUUGGUUAAAUAGAGAAUGUUAUAGUAAUGCUCAAAUUAAAAAAAAAAACAUGCUAAGCAUAUCUACUUUCUUUUUGGUAAACUGUGGAAACAUAGAAAACUUUCACUGCACUGCAUGCUUUAAAACUGGAUGCUUAAGAGCAAAAUUCUGGAAUCAUGUUGAAAUGCACAAACAUACAUGAAAGCAUGGGUUUAAAUUACUGUAACGUACCAGUUUAAUCGUGAACCCAUUUUGCUUAGCAAAUUUUAAAAUCUUUUUUUAGCACAUAUAUCUUAUAAAUAAGAAUUUGGGGAAUGUCUGCUUCCAUCUAUUUUAUGUUUCAGAGUGUAAUGUUGUGACUAAACUUCCAGUCAGGUACCACCCUUUAUUUCACAGUGGGGAGAUGACUGAAUCGAGUGAUUCCUUACACAUCUGGGUUUCCUGUUCAAACACUCAGUCUGACCUGUUGUAGAAUAGAAUAGAAUAUAAUAGAAUAGAAUAACUUUUUCUUUUUCAGUGGGGGACUUCAGGAUAUGUAGUUUAGUAUUUGCUGCCUAUUCUUUGUACUGUACCAUUCAUUGUUAUGUACUUUCUUAGUAAAGGGUAAUUAUUCAUUUUGGAUCAGAGAACACAUGACCAGUUUUCCCCAUUGGUUUUAAGCUUUCUUUCUGUUUAUUCUUUGUCAUCUGCAUUAUGACAAGACAAUGGUAAAAUAUACCAAUCACAAAUAAAUUUUUUUUGACCGAUUAAUUGAUUAUUCAUACAGAAGCCUUUAUAUUUCAUACGUGUGUCAGUAUGCGACAGAACAACAAAACGUGUUGAAAUUUUACUGACUGUUGUAUAAUAUUGUAAUAAGAAAUGGUAAUUUGUCUAAAUGAAUCCCAGAACUAGAACUAUGACUGUUUAAUAUGAGUACAUGUUGCUUUAUAUGAUUAUAUCAAGGCUGUGUAGAAUAUUAUCUUGAUUUAUUGCUGGGCAUUAUUAUGACAACUGUUGCUAUAUCUUGAAAAGUGAUACUGUCUCCAUGGUGCAUUACAAAAAUGAAAAUGAAAACAUUUCUGUUUAAGGACUUCUGGAAGUGAAAUGCAUCACUCCUCACCUUGUAGACAUGUACCUGUUUUCAUUUCAGAUACCUGCAGAACUGUUAUAUCUGAUACUUAUCUUCAAGAAGGCAGAUGGAGAUUAUUCCUGUUAAGUGUCUCCACUUGCAUAAGUGGAGCAGUAGUUGUGGAAUGAAUUGCUUUCUGACAAGAACCUUUGAGUAUUGUUGUUCUCCCCUAGAGAUCUUUUUUGGCCUCUAUUUCUUUCUACCACUCGUGCCUCGUAUAAAGCUCAUCUGUUUAAUUUGUUUUGUUGUUCAUGUCUUAAGAUGGCCAUCUGAUUGUUUACUCCCUCAUACUGUGUAUUAUGAAUAAAUCUU